UUUUUCCUGUCUUUUACUUUUUUCAAUGUACAGCGUCACAAAAGAUUUUCUAGGAAAACCAGCUCCGCCGGGAUACGUAGCCGGUCUCGGCCGUGGAGCCACUGGUUUCACUACGCGAUCGGAUAUCGGCCCAGCGCGCGAAGCCUCGGCAGCUGCUGAUAAGCUGCCGGCGCGCGACAAGCAGCCAGCCGAGCAAGACGACCCGCGGUUCGACGACGCCGACAACGAAGUUGGGCUGUUCCGCAACGCCCCCUACGAGGCGGACGACGAGGAGGCCGACAAAAUCUGGACCGAAAUCGACACAAAGAUGGAACAGCGGCAUGCUGCCCGACAUGAAAAGCAGAAAACAAAGGGCACAGACAAACCUGCAAUCGAGGAGCACUUUAAGGACCUGAAGCGGCAGCUGCAGGGGCUCAGCGAGGAGGACUGGGACGCGAUCCCUGACGCUGCACAGCUGGCGGAAACUGCCUGCUAG